CAGGUGAUAGCGCAGAUGAGGGCAGCUCUGAGCCCGGCCCCUCCUGGGUAGGAUGUUAGAGGUGCACCAGGAGAAAAGAGAAAUCGGAGUCCGCCGACUGCGAUAGCGAGAGAGGAGGACAGAGCAGGUUCCAUCUUGUCCUCAGCCCUCCAGGGGGCUUUGAAGCUUAUCAGGCGCCAUGUUAGUUACGGGAAGGAGCAGCCAUUUUCCCGCUCCUCGUCCUUUCGGUACCUGUGUUUAUUGAGUCCCCGGCUGGGUGCUUUGUGGGAGGAAAGGCAUUGCUACCUGGUUAGGAUGUGUUGCCCGGCUCCAGUACCCAGACCCAAGUCCUCCACUGCUCAAUGGACACCCCCAGCCCAGACCCGUUGCCUUCGCCUUUGCCCGGGGAGGAAGAGAAACCUCUGGCCAUACCUCCUUCUGUUCCCCGGGGCCGCCGGGCUGACCGUCCUGGAGGAGCCACUUCCUCCACUCAGACGCUCAAGGCCAGCCUCCCUCGCAAGCGGGGCCGCCCCCCCAAGUCAGGGCAGGAACCCCCGGUGGUGCAGGGGGUGACAGCCCAGGUGGGCAGCAGUGAUGGCAAUGACCUCCUGCUGAUUGAUGAUCAGGGUGUGCCCUAUACAGUCUCUGAAGGGUCAGCAGCUGAUGGGCCUGAGGGCUCUGGCCCUAGGAAGACCCCGCACUUCUGCCCGGUGUGCCUGCGGGCCUUCCCCUACCUCUCGGACCUGGAGCGCCAUAGCAUCUCGCACUCGGAGCUGAAGCCACACGAGUGCAAGGACUGCGGCAAGACCUUCAAGCGGUCCAGCCACCUGCGGCGACACUGCAAUAUCCAUACAGGCUUGCGGCCCUUCCGCUGCCCACUCUGUCCCCGCCGCUUCCGUGAGGCGGGCGAGCUGGCUCACCACCACCGAGUCCACUCUGGGGAGCGUCCCUACCAGUGCCCGAUCUGCCGGAUGCGCUUCACAGAGGCCAACUCUCUCCGGCGCCAUGCCAAACGCAAGCAUCCGGAGGCCAUGGGGGAACCCAUGUGUCCCCCAGACCCAGGGCCUGAGCCACCAUGGGACCACGAGAGCAUCCUGGCGACAGAAGGAGCCGAGGAGGAGGAAGAGCCAGAGGGGAAAGAGCUGGCCUGAUCCACACCCCCGGCCACCCCUCCCUGGACCAGGUUUAGAGCUGGGGGUUCAGCUGGUGCUGCGCCUGGGUAGGGAGGCUGGGACACCCUUCUGUCUGGUCUUCCUGUUGUGGGAGGGGGUUGCAGGUGAGGACCUAAACUUCUGGGCCCUGCUGCCUUCUGCCACCCUCUGCCGGACUGACAGGCCCUUGGAGGCAGGGGCCAUGGAAAUAAAUCACUGCCUUCUGGCUUCCUGUGUGUUCAGUGAUGGUACUAGGGUUGGCCCUCCUCUACUCCUCCUUUCAAGUGCCCUUCUGCUGCUACACUACCCAUGGGAGUGUGUGGAAUUCGGGGGAACCCCAUGUCAUGUGCCUCAUUAACUUGGUGCUAAAGAAGUGGCUUGGGGGUAGCCUUUGGCCCCUCUCCCACCUCCAGCAGACCCCAAAGCACUCCGCUAAAUAUCCAUUCUAAAACAUUGAGCUUUCUGUGCAGACGUGACUCUAGGACAUGAUUCCAGAUUUCUAGAAAUUCUAUACUCAUCACUUUGCCCCAUCUCUUUUUCCCGACCGUGUUUGGAAGGAAAAACUGAGUUAAUCUGU